GCGGCGCGCUGCAGGCGGUGGGCAACGGACGGCGGGCGGCGGACGGGCGGCGCUGGCGACUCAGUGGCCGCGCGACCUCGCUUUGUUCUCCACUGCGCUCCACCUCCGCGCCGCGCCGCGCCGUGCAUUACACUAUUAUUGACAAUUGUGGUCGUUGACAAAGGUUGUUACAUUAUGAUUGUUUGCCGUGUUUGACCUCUGCCCGAAUCUACUAAUUCAAUUUUUCUUACGAUGAAGGGCGUUAACAACGUUUUAAAUAUAUCACGAUCCGUGCGAAAUCGAGGUUAAUAUGCUCUAGUUUCGGUUUUUGUUACUUCUCAUCGUUUCGCAAAGGUGAUGAACGGCGAUAUAAAAGCGGAGGCACCGCGGCCGCGACCACUCUCCGGUGGUAUUUGGACGUUGUUCUCGUGGCUCCGUCGCGACGACCGUUCCAUCUCCAGCGAGAGCCUUUCUAGCGCAGGAUCUGAUCACACCGCCGUCAGCUUCGCAUUCCUAGAACCUCUGAAUUACAAGGCAGCUACAGAACCGAUCGUUUUGCCGCCGCUCAGCCCGCCCACAGAUUCUUAUAAGAAAAGGGUGCGGGAUCGUAAUUUUCGAAGGCAAAGAGAGCGCAAUCUAACCCUACAUCGGAAAUACGGUUUAUUUAAAGGAGAAAACGGCGAUAGAUACGACGCAUUUAGCCUUCCGUCUGAACGCAAAUAUAUAACCGACGGCGGAAAUAAUAUUGAACGGGGACGAAGAGCGACGAGUGAAAGCUUUCAGAGGCGAGCUCCCUACGUUCCUGGUAAAAGACGCGCACCUUUGCCUCCGGCGAUCACAGCUUCUCUUCCACGAAAUUUUUCAAGGAAGCGACCAGCUCCUCAGCCACCCAAUAGAUUAAUAGUCGACGACAGCGUUACUUUACGUUCUGGACUAAUGAAUCCAAAGCCUAAUUGUGAUAGACGUUCUUUACCUAACAAUGUCUCUAUGGAUAUCAAUAUUGAAAAAUCUAAACAAGAAAAAAUCAAAACAGAUAAAAGUUUUUUGAAACAAAUUUUUGAAAAUAGAAAAAGAAAUUCUGCGAUAGAGCCAAACUAUGUAAAACUAUUACCAAACAUUAGUGAGUUAGAUAAACAAGCAGCAAAAAUUAUUGAAAACAAGAAACUUAAGUUAUUGGAAGCAAAAGGAACUGUUUCUGUUAAUGACAUUGGUUCAGAUCCAUCAGGGAAUUGGAUUUGUGCGCAAUGUCUUAGAAAUUAUAAUAAUGCGGUUUCUUCUUGUUCAUAUUGUUUAUUGACUAAAAAAUAUUCAGAAAAGGCUUCGGAAAAUAAUCUAAGCAUUUCAAAUGCCGCUUCAAAUAUUUACACGCAAACCGACAAUGACUUAACAAAAAUUGGCUCAACGAGUAAACGAAAUGAAGAAGAAGAGAAGAAAAAGCUUAAGGAAAUGUUGAAGGAAAUGAAAGAUUCCCUUCCUAAGCGGCCUAAACAAAAUGUAUUAUCCACUGAAAGUCCUACGCUUCGAAUAGGAUCUCCGCGGAACAAACGCAUAUCUGAUCCGCCUACUAAAAACGGAAGCACUUCAAAGAAACUAGAUGUAACAGUAACCAAAGAUGAUAUUAUACCGCCUUCCACCAGCGGAAAACAAAAUUCUCUACAUUCUCAAAUUAAAUCAGAUUCAUUAAACCAGAAUUCUACGUUACUAAUUUCUAACAAUACCGAAUCCAAGAAAGUUUCAAGUAUACCAUUAAUGAAUAAAAACUUACACGAUAUACCAAAUGUUAUCAAUUACAAAGAAGAUUCUCGUCAUAUAACAAUUCAGGUAAAAGAGUCAUUACUUAAAACACAAAAGGAUGUCGAGGAUACGGAAAAAGUUAAAAGAUUUCAACCAACCCAUCAGAAUACAUUACUUGAUAAUGCUGUAACACAAGCCUCAUCUGACGUAAAAGCUCAAACAUCGAGCCCAUUAAAAUUAAAUAUGUCAACAGAUGAAAAACACAAAAACUUGACAACAGUCUUGUUUGUUAGUGAAGGAUCAAGAACAAAACCCAUAGAAAAUUUAGGCAAUCCUAAACCUGAAGUGACACUUACAAAGACUUCUAAUAAGAAACUGCCAACGAAUGGAAAAACAGAGAAAACAGAUAUUGACAUCAGUACAGUACCUGCUACUGAUACCCGUGUAAAUUAUCUAGAUAAAAAUGUAAAAUCUACUAAAAGUAUAGAAGUUAAAACAAAUGAAGAUAAUUUUAAAGUUUCAACUAUGAGUAGCGCACCGAGCCUUCACACGCCUUUGAGAAUUUCAUCGCUUUUGAAUCCAGUUUAUCGCCCGAUAACAUCACCUAAGUCUGCAUCAGAGGCGAAUUUAAAGAAUAUUAUAGGCACUAAAUCCGAUGUCGUAACUUUAUCAUCUGCAGUAAUUUCACAGCCUCCUACAGUAUUGAUAAAUCAAAGAUCUCUAAUGCCUAUCGAAGAAAUAUCCGAACCAAGUGAGAAGGAAACUGAAGAUAAACAAUUGCAAUCUCUAUCAUUUACAAAGAGCCAAUAUAGCACAAAUACGUCUGUAUGUAAAGUUUUAGGCGUUACACCUUCAUCGUCCAAAGACAAGCAGGAUAAAGGUGUCAGUAAGGCGGAACAUCAUAUCAGGCGAAGACAGCUAGUGAAUCAGUUAGAGCAAUCUAUAGCGACAGGAGAUGAACAGGCAGCUGCUGAAGCUGCCGUUAAACUCGCUAAGCUGCGAUUGUCGUGUUCCGUUUUAUCUUUUUCUUCACAAAUAAUUGGGAAUCCUGCAGUUCCACGAAUUAUAGAUUCUAACCCAGAAUUUGAAGAAAAAGAUGAUAAAAGUAUGAAAAGCGGUUCAAAGAACGAUCCCGUGCAAGUGAAGGUCAAUAAUGAAUCACCAAAGCGAAAAGAUUCACCAGAACAAAAAUCACCACUCACUUGUUUAAACAAAACUGGCGAGCACGAGAAUACGAAUAGACCUUCUACAUCAAAAUACCAAGGAGGAAUAUCUAAAGAAGAUAAAAGCGUAAUGUCACAGAUAGAUUUAAAACACAAAAUCCCUGCCUCAAAAUCUAGUCAUGUAGAAAAUAAGAUAAUGGCUAUCAAGAUAUGGGUUGAGGAUAAAGAAACCACUCGCGGGCCGAUACAGUUCAGAAUAUCAAGACAAGCAACGAUGGGGGAGUUGCGGGGACAGGCGGAGGCGUCGCUGGGUCUCGAUUCCAGAUUACAACGAUGGAUAGUUGGCAGAACCUUAUGUAUGAAUGACUCCACACCACUAACAACUCUAGCUGGUCCUGACUUGAGUGCACCCUUCUACUUAUGUAUAGUAGAGUCUGAAACUAAGAAGGAAGUAACAGGCAAUGACAGUCGAGACAGUAAAGAUGAUCAAAGUAAUGAAAUGAUUCCGGAUAAUGGGACUGGGGAUGUUUAUACGGAACUGAUGAAGCUAGAACAGCAAGCCAUUGUUCCAAAUAUGGAUGCGUUUGAAUGUGGCGUUUGCAUAGACGAAUGUGAAGCCGGGAGAGGCGUUGUACUUCGUGAAUGCAUCCAUACAUUUUGUAGAGAUUGUCUUGCUGAUGUUGUAAGGCAUUGCGAGGAGGCGGCAGUGUCGUGUCCGGCUAUCGGAUGUCCUGGAAUGCUACAGGAGCGUGAAAUACGUGCCUUAUUAUCUACAGAGGAGUACGAGCGAUGGCUAGCACGAGGUUUAGCCACCGCCGAAUGUGGAACUCGAAACGCAUUCCACUGUCGCACUCGUGACUGUACAGGCUGGGCUCUCUGUGAACCUGGAGUCAGAAAGUUCCCAUGUCCAGUAUGCAAAUGCAAUAAUUGUGUGCCCUGCCAGGCCAUACACGACGGCGAAACAUGUGAACAUUAUCAAACUAAACUUCGCACAGCCGUCACAGCAGCUCAAACAAAUGAAACUGAUGAAGGCACCAGAGUGUUGCUGGACUCACUCAAACGUCGAGGCGAAGCUCUGGAGUGUCCAGAGUGCAGUGCUAUCAUCACAAAGAAAUGGGGCUGUGACUGGGUAAAAUGUUCUGCGUGUAAAACUGAGAUUUGCUGGGUGACGCGCGGCCGGCGCUGGGGACCGGGCGGUCGCGGCGAUACGAGCGCCGGCUGCAGAUGUGGCGUCGAAGGCAAACGAUGUCAUCCUUCUUGCGGUUAUUGUCACUAAUUUAUAACUUAAUAUUUAUUUAUAAUCUAAUAAC